UUCCAUACAUACGUGUGUGUACGAUGGGUUGCCUGCGGUCCCGGCGGCAACGACGCGGUUCCAAUGCGGCUAUUAAAAUUCUCAUCCUCCGACUCGCAUUGCGUGCGCGCCCUGUGGAUUUCUCAUACGUUGUCCGAACUCCCCCUCCCCUCCAGCACAGGUGUCCAAGGUGGACCUUGGAGGCCUGAAAAUCAUUUCUGCUGCGUAUUUUUUUUUACAAAGAAAAUCUGUGCUAUGUUUUUCUUCCAGUUUGUGUACAGAAACUGUUAUUAUGUUAUGGGACAUUUUUGUUGAAAUGGUGGUAUCUUAUAGUGGAUCUUAGGUUGCAGCUAAUCUCGCUGUGUAGGUCUAGGUCACUGGUCACCCAAGAAAAACAAGAUUUGGCUGCUCGUGAUCGAUCUGUUCCCAGAUUAAACCAUGUCUAUAAUACCACCUAUUGUGUCAUCGUCUCCUCCUCCACUUGACCCAGUUGAAGAUGAUGACAAUGAUGAAGAUGAGGGAGAAGAUGGUUUUGGAGAUUUUACAAUGGCUGAUUUUGAAUCACACAAUGUUCUAGAGCCUUCAAUACCCAAGAUGAUACCAGACACAUCGUGGACAGUGCCCUCUUCCAGAGAACUUCAGUCAGAAAUAUUUGAAAAUGGUGUUGUUGCUCUUAAUAUGUUAAAUGAAGACAAAGUUCCCAAAUUUCAAGUAAAUGGUUUGGGGGAUGAAGAAAUACUUCAGAAUUCUGAUAAUACUAGUCAUGAUUCUGUUUUGUCUGGUGUAACUGACUCAGGAAACUGCAGUGCAAGUCAAAAUAGCAGUGGGGCUUCUCCUAUGCCUGUCGUAGAUAUGGAGGAUGAACUCUCCUCUAAGGUUACAGCUCUUCAACCAAAUGGCAGUCCUAAUCUCUUGCCGACUGAAGUUCAAAACUCGGAUAGCGAGGUGCCAAAUUGUAUUAUUUCUGAGACGAACCAAAUUAAUAGUGAUAAUGAAGUUACAGCAGGCGUAAGAGAACAAUUUUUUAAAGUAAAUUCCAGUAUAACAGAAUUAGAAAAUCCUGGAAUCUCCUCAAAAGACAAUUUGACGGAAGAAUCCAUUGGAAAACCAGAUACAGAUCAUAGUCCUGUAGUUGAUAAGACUGAAGUUGCUGUCUUAGAUUCUGUUCCAACUCUAAUAAACAAUACAAGUUCAAGCUCUGAGGAAUUCGAGGCGUGGAAUGCUGGUGAAACUUCAUUGACUAUGGAACAGAGGAAAGUCUUACCGGAAGAAAAUAUUGUUGAAGAAAGAUUAAAUCACCUCACUGCUAACACCAAUGAUGACACAAUGGUUCCUGCAAUUAUUAGGGAGUCAAAUUCAAAAGAAGAGGAACCUGAAGAGAACGAUUUUAUUAGGGCAAUGAUAAUCCCUGAUAUGCCUGGCCUGGAUGAUGAUGAUAGUGAUAAUCAUGGUGAUGAAGAUGAUGAAGAUGAUUUUGGGGAAUUCAGUGGAACUAUUUCACCAGCCAAACCUUCUUCUAGUUCACAGAGCUUUGAUGAAUUUAAUGAUGAACCCCAGUUUGACUCUCCGUCCAGAAGACCUACGCUGGUGUUGGCUGAUGAAACCAAAGAAAAUGAUGAUAUCAACAUACCACCAUCAGUAUUAAAUGAAAUACCUCAUAGUCUUGGUAUGCCUUUUGAAACACCUCCUAUUACAUGUACCUCAAAUUCUCCUCCAGAGACUCACCUUUGCUCAGCAGAAGAUGAAGAUACUCAUUCGAACUCUGAUGGAGAAUUUGCAGAUUUUGCACAAGCGCAAGAUAAUGAAAAAUCUGUUUCUGAUGUUUGGGCACAAGCUGCUCAGGCAGCACAGGCAUCUGCUGUUCCAAAUGCCUUUUCCUCUCAAGAACCUUUAGAAUUUGAUGACUUUGAUGAUUUUGAAACUGCUGAAUUUCAAUCAGCUCCCCCUAAAAUUGAACCAGAUUGUACUCUUAGUUCUCUGUUUGACCUGAAAACUAUAAAAUCAAGACUAGACGAAUUGUUGAAGGAAAAUUUCCCACUUCCUGAGGGUAGUUGCCCUUUCAGUGAAAUGGAAAGUAUAUCAAGUGCACUUUCAGGAAUUAUUUUGGAUGUUGAAGAAAGUUCAGUCUGGCAAGGCUUACGAGACCUAGAGGCAACUCCUUCCUUGUCCUUUCAAUGGCCAGGAUCACAUUCCAACAGAGGUCUUCUUGGUGCUCUUAACAUUGAUUCGCGGAACAUUCUUUUUGGUCCAAAGUGGAAUACAGUUGUUCCUCGCUUUGCUGCAAAUCUUGGGUUUAGUCCGCUUGAACCAGUUCGCGCAGUACAAAUUCAACCUCAAGCUGAACCACCUCCAAGACCUGAAAUAAUUCAGCCUCAGGUGGUGGAAACUGUAAAGUCCUCUUCUGAUCAAGGCGAGGUUGUACCUGCAGCACAGUUUGACUGGAAUGACAGUGGACUUACUAAUCCUCUUGACUCAUCCACUCAUUCUUCACUCCUGGAUCUUGAUCUCCUUGCCUCUUUUGAUAACCUGGCCUCCCAAACAAUGUCUACCCCCCACGCUGCUGUGGUGUGCCGGAGAUUGCCCACAAGCAAAGAUCCUAGCUCAGGACCCCUUGCGACAACAACUACUAGUGGAAAUCCAGUUCUGACUUCAACUCCACUGCAGGUUGAGCAGCUUCUAGCGAACUCUAAAAGAUCUACUCCUUUACCAACCCUAGAGAAGAAAAAUCGAGAUCCUACUCUGAGUCCGGAAGCUGUACGUGUGUUGGACACUUUACCAGAACUAGCAUUUCUUUCUGCUCGCAUGCUCAUGUUUCCAGUGCAAGGAGAUCGCAAUGAAAAUAAAUUGUGACAUUUACACAAAAGUACCAUAAAAUUAUGCAAAAGUGGUAGUGUUUGUGUACCUGUGUAGCUUUUUAGUGGAUAUUUAUUACUUGGUCUUUGUUAAUUCUUUAAAUAUGUUCAAAUUAUCAUUUCCAGAUAGCUUAUAUAUUUUUAAUACUUAACUGAAUUCUUAACUCCUGAAAUUAACUUUUCAUCACUUCUGUGCUUUGUGUGACUUACAAUCAUUUCAAAAGCUUCUAGUAAUGCAUAUGCAAUACUGUUAGAACCUCUACACCCUUGUGAUAGCUUCCCUUAGGCUCUUCAAAUAUCCUUAGGGUGCUUGCUAACCAUUUCUAAGGUUUCUGGUUAGUUUAUUACUUUGCUGGAAAUGUUAAUAUGUUUAUCUAGGGCUGACAUAGGUCAAUGAAGAUUAGUUUUGUAAUGCCACAUUUUGCUCAAAGUUUCUGGGUUUGAUCAGAACCUCUGCUCAGAUUGUUGUUGCAGUUUGACACAAAAAGAAAAAAUUGUCUCAUCUUUCACACAAAGGUAAAGCCUGCUUUUUAAUAUCUGUUGAACUAGAAAAGUUUGCUGGUUUUAGAACUGCUUCCCAUGACUGUGAGUGUGUUAAAAUUGGGCUUUCAGGGCCAAGAUAUUUUUGACUUGGUAAAUGCUAUUCAGUUAAUAAAGAAGAAAGAAAGAAAAGACUUACUAUUGUAUUGUUUCAGUUUAUAUUUCAUUGUAAAUUUGGAGAUUUGUAAUUUUUAUUGUUUUCUGUCUGGCCCUUGGCAAAUGCAUUGGAGACUGCAUAUUAGCUGAAUGAAUGUCUGAUUAUCUUGCUACUUUGCCAUUGCUCAUAUUGUAAAUAUUGUGGAAAAAUCUUGUACUAUAUGUACCUUUCUUUGAUUAAUAGUCCAUAUAUUUUCUAUGUAUGAUAUUGUAUACAUAACAAUAUAAUUAAUCUAAUUUUCCUCUUGUUGAUUCUAUCACUUUGUAUGAAGGUUAUUGAGUUUUUACUCUUUUCUGAAGGGGCUGCUUCUUUAGGCACACAAACUGUUCAAAACUGACAAAAUUAAAAGAUCUGACAGCUGGUGUGUCAGGCUUGGCUUGUAUUAGGACAUGGUUUUGUGAAUUUGAAUUUUGUAAUUAUGAUUGCUGAUUAGUUAUAUUUGUCAAUCUUUUAGAAUUCCAUUAUUUGUGAUAUAUAUGGGUUGUCUGAUUUUCUGAUCACCCGAAAGUGUUCAAAUGGUUCAAAGUCCAUUCAAAUUUUAAAAGGAGUAUGUCGUGUGCUUUGGAAAAUUGCAUUACUAUGUUUUACCUGUAUGUGCAACACUGGUGAGAAACAUAAACAUCAACUCUUCUACUAGUGUACUGUAGAGUAUUACUAAAUUUUAAAAAUUUGUUUUAAAAGUUUGAUGGCAGUAAAGAUAAGUUUUUAAAGGAAUGGUUGUGUUUUUGUUGAGAUUUGACACACCUUGCAAUGUUUCAUGUGUUCAAACUCUCCUGUAGUCAUUUGUUGUAAAUUCUGUUUGGAUUUUUUGUUUAGAAAGUUUUUAUUGCUGGCACAAUUUGCUUGGUUUAUAAUCUUUAUUACUUUCUCUUUCAAUUAUGGUUGUUUAUAUGUUGUUAUUUUUAUUGUAAUUUGGUUAGAUUUUCAUGUGAUAUUUGACAUUGUCUGAAAACUUAAUUCUGUUGGGCAGGAAUUUCAAUGACACAUGUUGAACUUAAAGUUUCUUUUCUGCAUCAGCUUCAACAAAUAAGUUGUGGUUUUUAAGAGCUUGUGUAAAAUAACCGUCCAUUAAUUAGGUACCUUCUUGUUUUGUUAUAAUGCUGAGUCAUUAUUGUUAGGCAAUGCAUAGUACUCAAAUGUUAUCAGAAAUCUGUAGAUGAUUUUUGUGGUUCUGUUCUAUAAACUUUAAUAAUUAAAUCAGAGUGGAGCCAGUGUCCAAGUCUCCUCCAAUAUCAGUUCAGUCCAAGUAUUUUCUCUUUAAUGUUUGCCAUGUUAAUCAGGCCUGGUCAAAAGACCUGUUAUUUUUCUGAAAAAGUUAUCUUUGACUGAACAUGGUAAGAAGCUUCAACAUCCCUCUGAUCCCGGCAAAUCAUUUUUUUGUUUUUGUUUUAAGACAACAUUAUCUCUUUUGAUUCGGCAGUCAAAAUCAUUUUACGACUUUACUUGCAUUUAUUACUUUCUGUAUGCUUAUAUUUGUGGAGAUGAAGAUUGUAAAAUAUUGUGUAAGUAAUGCUUAAGUCUGGUGCAGUAUUUAUGUGAUCUCUGUGAGUAUUUCUAAUGAGUCAAACUGAACAUUCCCAACCUACAUUGUACUUACUGACUUAGAGAAAAUGUUGAGAUGAGAUUAAUGUGAUAUUUGUAUUAAACCUGGGAAAGAUGGUCAAAAUCUUUUUUUAAAAAAAUCCACUCAACAAGAAGUGUGCAGUUCUAAUUUCAUUCACAGUACAUUUUUUAUUGCCUGAAGAAAUUAUAUCAUAGUUCAAUUUCAAUAUAGGAAUGAUUUCAAAAACGUGUGACAAUGUUUACCUAUUAAAUUGUAUUCAAAUUA